UAAAUAGCUACCCUACUACCUACAUACCUAACAAAAACUUUCAUUCAUCAUUCACUAAUUUUGUUGGCUGAUGGCAAGGUUCACCUUCUAUAUUUCCUACCACAUUAACAUGUUUGUGAGUGUAUAGAGGAACACAAAUUUAAAUGAUAUUAACAAUGGAAUUGUUUUAAAGUUCAUUUUGAACUUUAAACUGGCCAAUUAACCCUGAUGAAUGGUAUUAGUUCAACUCUAGUUACCCAGUUGCCUCCAAUCCCCGCAGUUGGCGUGAAUCCCAAGUUAACACCAAAUCCGAUUAGUCUAAGUACGGGCUUGAACAGUGAACAGGCUAGCUACCCAGUUUUGCAUUUCCAGUCCCCAUUAAAAACAUCCCCACCGGAAGGAGGAGGAGAGCGAGAUGGAAGAACGAGCGAACCAGUUUGUGAGAAACAGCAGAUUGAAGUGCCAGCUUUGAUGUCAAUGGACCAGUCCACUCGUAGAAGGAUCCGUCAUGUGCCGAAACAUGAGCCGUUGAGCGAGAGUACCGCUAUCACUACAACAUCUACCACCACCAGUGCUACUAUUGCUACAACUACUACUGCUACUGCUAUUGUUAAUAGUACGUCAGAUGACAAGAUGAAGGUUCCUGUUAAAGAUCCUACUUCUAAAGUGGAAACAACCUCGAAGGAGAACCAGAGUGUUCAGAAAAAGACUGAUCCGUUGUUGGAAAAGCAUGAGAAACCAGCCAAGUGGUUUGUUGGCGACCUCAUUUGGUCAAAAGUAUCUGGUCAUCCUUGGUGGCCCUGCCUUAUUGCUUGUGAUCCCGUUGAAGGGAUCUAUACCAAACUGUGUGUAAAAGGCAAAGGAUGUGUGCGGAAUUACCAUGUGCAGUAUUUUUAUGAUGAACCAGAGCGGGCAUGGGUGAGUGAGAAUGCAACACUUGGAUUUGAAGGGAAAGACAAAUUCUUCAAAUAUGUAGAAGAUAUGCUAGAAAGGGCACCUGCUAAACAGCGAUCCCAGAUUUCACAGAAAUAUGGAGUCAGCAAACACAAGCGCCCAGUUUGGGACCGUGCUGUUCGUUCAGCAGAAGUAGCACUGCCUUUAUCCCACUCUGAACGGAAACUCUGCUACAUAAACAACUUUGACAAACAUCCUGAAAAGAAGAAGCAAGAGUCUCCGGAAAAGUUGGCAGUUGAGGUUAGCAAACCAGACAAAGCUGGUCCCAAAGCCAAGAAACAAAAGACUGAGAGUUCUAGUGGAGCUGGUGUUACUAGCGGAGGAGAUGGUGGUGGUAAAGUGAAAAUAGAGUCUUCUUCUGCCAGUAAAUUACCAAGUAUUGUCAAUGGAACUCUUGCUAAGAAACGCCACGCGUCACCUGGUAGCUUCGCCAAUGACUCUGACAGCAUUGCAUCACCGCAGCGGAAAAGGCCAAAAGCGGCCGGCGGUACUGAGUCAGGUGGUGGGGCUGCCGGUGGCAGUGGGUGUGUGACUACUCCGAAAUCAGGGAAAGAUGAUGGUUCUUUUGAUAUGUUCUGUCAGAAGCAUAGGGAGGGUGUUCUGUCUGAGCACUCGGACUUUGACGAGCAAAUGGUAGUUGAAUAUCUCAGGCAACAAUGGAGUAUGAUGAGCCAGAAGCAGAGAGCUCGUUACAAGUCUAAGUUUGGUGGUGGUGGUGGUGGAGGAGGAGGAGGUGUCAUUACAAGCAGAGGUACAUCAUCAGAAGAACCGGAAGUGAAAUUAGAACCCAUCAAUGUAGAUAUAAUUAAUUUUAAAAAAGGGAGUACCGUGAAGAAACCUACCUCUCACCCCAGCAGACCUGCACUGAAGAAAAGUGAAUCUGAUGAACAGACUCCAUCAAAAAACGAGGUGAAACUAAAGCGUUCACCUCGCAUCAGUAAACCUUCAAUCAAAAAACUGGAGGCUGAAGAGGACAACAAGCUCUUCACGGAAUACCAAAAGCAAAUGAUGUCUGGCAGUAUAAUGGAUAAUGACCAAACUCAAGACCAAAUUGCUCUCCAUAAAGGAGCCUCGACAGCUCGUUGUCCAUCGGCAGCUGUCGGAAGACGCAGCUGUACUGUCGCUAUAGACAACCGGACAAACAAUAUACUUAAUGUAACUCCACCAUCUUCAGCUAUUAAUUCCAAACCAAAUUCAACCAGAAAGAGGCGGAGUGUACAGAGCAAAGGCUUUGGCAGCAAGAUGUUUCAGGAUUCCAGUUCUUUAGCAGAACAUCAUCAGAUGAACAACAGCAGCAGCAAGAGCAUUGAUGGUCACGGCAAGAGUGCAGAAUUCAGGCAUGCUUCUUCUCACCAGAGAGGCCAGCUAAUUCCAAAAGUGGAGCUGGACAGAGACGGUGUGAAAUUACUUGUAAAACAGGAGGAGAAUAACGAGGAAGAGGGGCAUGAGGAGGAGGAUGAGGAAGAAGAAGAAGAGGAGGAAGAGGAGGAAGAAGAAGAAGAAGAAGAAGAGGAGGAAGAGGAGGAUGAUGAAUAUGAGUUGGAGAUCUUCAAACUGUCUUCCAGUUGGCCUGUGAAGAGAGAGAACGUGUGCCAAAUCUGCGAAAAACCUGGCGACCUUACUGACUGCGAAGGACCAUGUUUGGGUUCUUAUCACUUGUGUACAUUAAUAAGUAACUCAUUUAAAUGA